UCAGCCAAGCAAUGAGUUUGCUCCCCGUUAUAUGGAGGAGAGCAAAAGAAAACUGUUUUGAACCGGGUGUUAUUCCCUUCCAACAGUUUGCCUUCCAAGAGUCUCAAUUUCUAAGCAUUUAGCGUCCCUUCCGCUUACAAGGAACCGUUUCACUUCUCCAAACAGAAUGCCAGGGCAGCAGCUGCAGGCGGCACCCACCCGAGCAGGUCCGUCCCCCGGGCAGCCCCCUCUUCAGAGAGGACAAAUCCCGGACUCGGACACGCUGGGGAGCAGCUCCGAGCCCCUCCGGACACCUGCUGAGCGCGGGUGGGAGCAGAGCCGGGCCCGGGCUGGCUGGCAUUCCGGAGGCCGAGCUCGGCGCCGACUCCCUGCGGCUGUCCCUCCCGCAAGGCCAGGGCGGCCGGGCACGCCUGCACCGGCUCCCGCGGGGCAUCUCUCCACCUCCGCUGCACGGAGAAGCGCCGGGGUCGGCCACCGCUGUUUCUGCUCUGACGCCGAGUGUCACGGAUGAACGUCGGCCCGGCCUCUGCGCGCUGCCGGCAACCCCGGCGGGGCGGGGCGGGGCGGGGCCGGUCGGAGCGGAGCCCCCGCCCCCCGGCCCGGCCCGGCCCGGCCCAGCGGCCGCCGCUCCCCGCCGCUUCCUCCCGUCGGCCCCCGCCACGUGACCCAGCCCCGACCCGGCGCCCCUCGCCCGAACCCAAAAUGGCCGCCGGAGAGCCCCUUCCCAGAUUGGGCAUCGUGCCCGCCUCCAAGAUGGUCGUCAAUGGACUCCAGUCGGAGACAUCCUAGCGGAUAACAUAAUCCAUGGAUAAAGUGGGAAAGAUGUGGAACAAUUUCAAAUACAGGUGCCAGAAUCUCUUCAGUCACGAGGGUGGAAGCCAAAAUGAAAACGUACUUGUGAACUCCAGUAGUUGCUCAUCUGCUAAAGAGAAAGCUGUUCAGGUAACUGAUUUGGCUCAGCAACAACCCACCAGCCCUUUGAGAGAAAACAUUGCUUUGCAAUUAGGUUUAAGUCCUUCAAAGAAUUCGGCAAGACGGAACCAAAACUGUGUCACAGAGAUUCCUCAAAUUGUUGAAAUCAGCAUUGAGAAAGAGAAUGACUCGUGUGUGGCGGCGGGAGCUAGGCUUGCUCGAAGGGACUCUUAUUCUCGGCAUGCUCCGUGGGGUGGGAAGAAGAAGCAUUCCUGCUCUACCAAAACCCAGAGCUCCUUGGAUACUGAAAAAAGAUUUGGUAGAACGAGAAGUGGUUUGCAGAGGAGGGAGAGAAGGUACGGGGUGAGCUCUGUCCAUGAUAUGGAUACAGUAUCUAACAGGACGGUAGGUAGCCGUUCUCUGCGACAGCGUCUACAAGAUACUGUCGGGCUGUGUUUUCCUAUGAGAACUUACAACAAACAGUCCAAACCUCUGUUUUCUAACAAAAGAAAGAUCCAUCUCUCUGAACUAAUGCUUGAGAAAUGCCCUUUUCCUGCAGGCUCAGAUCUGGCUCAGAAGUGGCAUCUGAUUAAACAGCACACGGCACCUGUGAGUCCUCAUUCAACUUUUUUUGACACAUUUGAUCCUUCCUUGGUUUCCACAGAAGAUGAAGAGGACAGGCUUAGAGAGAGACGCAGACUUAGUAUUGAAGAAGGGGUUGAUCCCCCUCCCAAUGCCCAAAUACAUACUUUUGAAGCUACAGCACAGGUUAAUCCAUUGUAUAAACUGGGACCAAAGUUAGCCCCUGGUAUGACUGAGCUGACCGGGGACAAAAACCUCACACCUCCAGGAAACUGUGACUCUGAAGAGGACACGACGACGCUUUGUCUGCAGUCGCGCAGGCAGAAGCAACGUCAGAUGUCUGGAGAGAGCCACGGCCAUAUCGGCAGGCAGGGGGCUUGGAAAGUGCACACUCAGAUCGAUUACAUCCACUGCCUGGUGCCAGACUUGCUCCAGAUCACAGGUAACCCCUGUUACUGGGGGGUGAUGGACCGCUACGAAGCCGAGGCGCUUCUGGAGGGUAAACCCGAAGGCACUUUUUUGCUCAGGGAUUCUGCGCAGGAGGACUACCUCUUCUCUGUGAGCUUCCGUCGUUACAACCGCUCGCUACACGCACGCAUUGAGCAGUGGAAUCACAACUUCAGUUUCGAUGCCCACGAUCCCUGUGUGUUUCACUCCUCCACUGUCACGGGGCUUCUGGAACACUACAAAGACCCCAGCUCUUGCAUGUUCUUUGAACCAUUGCUGACUGUGUCUCUGAACAGGACUUUCCCCUUCAGCCUGCAGUAUAUCUGCCGGGCAGUCAUCUGCAGGUGCACUACGUAUGAUGGAAUCGAUGACCUUCCUCUACCCUCAAUGUUGCAAGACUUUCUAAAGGAGUAUCACUAUAAACAAAAAGUCAGGGUGCGAUGGCUGGAGCGGGAACCUAUAAAAACAAAGUAAACGCAAAUCAGAAUAAGCUUAUAGAAUAUGCUUUUGUGUGUGUGUGUGUUACAGUUUAACUGCAGCGAGCGCACCACCGAUGUCUGGCUUUUCUGCAAUAUCCUAUUUAAGCUGAGUGUUAGUAUCCUGUCAGAUGCUGCCUGCUGUAAAUCAAACUAAGUUGUGAUGCCUCUCGGAAACAUUAAGCAGACACAAUUCUGCACGUUUUUCAUUAAGGCCUAAUGAAAAUAUUUUUGCUAAUUUCUAAAUAUUUUGUUUCCCUUUUAUAGCUGUAGUAAUUGGAUGAAGAAACUAUGAGGCAUUUUCCAUGGGGCAUUCGUGAAAUGCUAAUAAAGAAAGGCUUUAUUAGAGGAGCCUUUUUGCUGAUAUUUGAAGUAUUUUUUUUAAUUAUCUUCUUGAAAACUUUCCACUAAUCAAAUUACUGAUUUAGCUCACAAAUGAGUUUCCAAAUACUAGUGAAGAAGGCUAUUUUCUUUUAAUGAAGAGAAGUUCAUUAGAAGUGCAGUCCAUUAAGAGUUAAUGGUGUUUUGAUGUUAACAGAUGAAUUGUGCUUUUCUCAGUGUAUAAUGUUUCCUAAUCAUUAAGACUUGAAUAUACCUGCUCAGUACUGUAAUUCUAUUUUAAACACCUGCAGAUUUAAGUGGCAUUGUUAGCAAAAGUAAUACUGUCUUGGACAAUGAAUUAGGGAUUUCAGUGGCAGGGUGCAGGAUUAGACUAUUGCCAUGAAACAAAAGGUUGCUUUUCUCCUAACCCAGGAUUUGGUGGCCUGACUGCUAGUAACUUACAAUGGAAAGUAACAGUGAAACAAAAAAGUUUCAUUAUUUUAAUUAUUUAAAGUCCUCUGAUAUUUUUAUGGAUAAAAUUACAAGUGGUUUAAUUAUAAUCAGAAUACAAAAUCUGGCAUAUCUGAAAUAAAUGUCAGGUUUCAAAGGUACUGUUAGACAUUAUUUGUAAAUAUCUUUCCAUUUGCGCUUUUAAAAAUGUUUUAAAGUAAUAUGCACUGAUAAUAGUUUCAACAGAUUACUUAGAAACAAGAUUCUAAGUUCUGUUUGCUUAUUGAAUCGGAGAUGGAACUUAAAAUAGUUCUGUCUUAGGCAUUUUUGCACUAAAUUUUGUUGGAAUGCCCUGACCCCUGUUUAAUGUUUUGUACCAAUUAUGAGUGCUCCCUAGUUUCUUUACCAGCUGCUACAGUAUGUUAUUACUUACUUCUCUAUGGCAGUGACCUGUGCGAGGUAGGGAACAUUUUGGCUGCAAGUACAAUAAACGUUAUUCUUGUAUGCUACACUAACCCUUCAAUUGAUGUAUUUUUCUGCUUGCUGUGCCUUGUUCUGGCUUUUUGUGCUAAUAAAGUACAGUAUGUUCAGUGUUAUACUUGUAUAUCUGCUCUGUUUUUAUAUAUUCCCGUAACUUGUAGCAGUUAACUGAAUUUUUUAAUAGGCUUUUCUUAGUACUUAGCAUAGGUAAUGCACAAAUACUGCGCAGCUGAGUAUUGGUUGGUCAGCACACCAUAUUCCUGGUUUUUGUUACAUGCUUAUCAAGACCCUAACGGUAUGUGCACCAUUGAGUAAUGUUUCUGUAGUCACUGCAAAGUAAUGGACUUGUCUGCAGGCAUAGAGCAUUUUACAGUUUUUGUAACAUUAAGGACAACUUUUAAGCAGAAAAUACUCUAAAACUUUAUUGAUCCCCUGUAAUGGUUGCUGAAGGUGUUUCAGCUUGUUAUAUAGCCAGCUGCUAAGCUUAAUGUUUUGAUACUCCCCACUGAGUAAGGAAUGGUGAUUCCUGUAAGUUGACAGUACAGCAGUGGCAUUUGUUCACUUUUAGACUAUUUUAAUAAAUAGAUGUACAUGCAAACUGGCCAAAUGUCCUGUUUUACCAAAGAAUACUGUCAGAUUAUGUUGGGUUACUUUUUUAGUGGAAGAAACGUAGAGCGGAGAGGUGCAGUUUCUGUUCUAUCAAAUAUUUAUCCCAAGCUAUGAUAAACCAAAGUGUUUGACAAUUUCAUCUGAACUUAAGUAAUGUAUAUGUUUAUGUUGAUAGAGCUUAAAACUUUUCCAUCAGUGGUGUCAUAGUUUUUCUUGAACUCGCAGUGCACCUGAAGGGAAUGAUUUUAAUAAUUUUGUAAUGACUGGAACAGCACUACAGGGAAGCUCGUACUGCAAGGAGUUAAUCUGAAGCACCCAGAAAGCACUUUAAAACAUGUGUUUAUAUGCUUGUGGAAAAUUUGUGAUCCUGUUAUGCAGUCUUUGUAGUAACUUAUCUUCUUUCAUGUGUUAUAAGACUUCAACUGUUAAAAUGGAACUUUGUUCAGAAUAUGUAAAUACUAAGUUUAUGUAAGUAUGUGUACAAAUGUGCUAAUGGUCACCUAAGUUUUGAAUUGUAUAUGUCAUUGGAUAUGCAACUCCUGGGUUAAAAUCUGCUCUAAGCAUAAAAAGAGGAAAAAAAAAUAGUCACCAGCAUGAAAUUGCACCUAAGUGUACCUUCACUGUGUCGUUCUCACUGUUCCCUCAAUUGGAUCUGAAUUCCAGAUGCGUUUACUUUAAAUCUUGCUUUCAAUAUUAGUAUCAUAGAGUCAACUUACAGCCAAGCUUUGUCCCAAGGUAGGGACCUAUUUUUUGUUUACACCCAUUGCAGUUGCUUGUCAUAAACUAACUGAUGAGAUUCUAGCUGUGACAUUAUCAAUGUGGUCAGGAAUACACAUUCAUUUAAUUUUUUAUCAUGUGGUGGAAUCUUUGGAAAAAAAAUAAAAACCCCAAACCCUGAUCUCAGAAAGUUUGCUCUUGCAUUUGUGUAAAUUGUCUUUAUGGGGAAGAUUUAUUGCUCCCUUAAAACACACAAAAAAGGAUUAUCUAUUUCUCUAUGACUUUUUUCAAGCUUUGCUUCACUGAAAUAUACAGACUAACUUGCUAGUGUGGUUAUGCUAAACAUAAUCACUUUUUAAAUUAUAGUAAACUUGAGCACUGACUACUCAAGUUGAAGUGCUUCUUAAUACAUUUAUUUUCAGUUCUAAAGGCACUAAAACGUUGGCAUGUUAACACUGUGAGUAGUUGAUUCCUUGCUUCUGUUUGAGGAGUGUGCUUUAACAUUCUGAUUUUGUUGGAAAAGUCUUAUAUGUGUCUUCAAAAGAUUUGCACAAGACACUGAUUUAUGUUUUUAACGACAGGAUUCAAAGUUAUCAGGUAUGCUGAUAUAAUUCCAAUCUAAGUUGGUUGCAUGACAGAUAAGCAUUGAGCCUCAAUCUUGUAAAGUGUUCUUUCGAGGUGAUUCUCAUUCCUGCAGAAAGGGCUAUAGAAAGGGCUUAUGCGGUGGGAUUAUUUUGCAAAAAAAAAAUCUUACAAUAGAUCUUUGACCCUAUUUGAAAAGAACAGGGUGGUGGUGCUAUGUGAGAAUCAAAAUCUUUGAAUAUUUAGCACAACUUUGUGGCUUUGUUGUGCGUAAAUACACAAUAGAAAGCAACAGUUCUGCUUUACAAAGAUAUAUGGAAACUACAAACUUUAAUUUCCAUCAGAUUUUUUCUAACAUUGGAAAAAUCACUGUGUAAGUAGAACAGUGUCACUAAUUAAGUGAGAGAUAGUGGAUGGAGGUUUUUUACUCUUAACUGGGUCGUCAUAGAACAGAAUUACAAUUAAAAACAUUAGGGCAUUAAAUCCAAAACUUUUAGAAAUCUAUGUCCGCAUGGAAAUGAAGUAAACUAUCUAUAAUACGUUUUGGCUGUAUAAGUGUCUAUGGGCUGGGGUUUUUUACCAGUUUUAAAGACAUAAUUCUUCUGAAAAUACUCUUAAGGACAUGGAGACACGUAUCCACAUAAUUUGCGUGUCAGAAUGAGACUUCUCUUAAGAAAAUAAGUUACAGAGCCAUGGUUUGCAUUUAUGUACUUCAAACUUCAUAUGUAUUUGAAAACUUCUUGCUUACAAAACAAGAGUCUUUGAAUUGGAAGCGGACAAUCUCAGAAAGGUCUGUGUAUCCACAGUGUUUGAUAAGAUGAAUUCAGGCCUUUGCUCAACGUCAUCUUGGCAGUUACCCACAUCCUUAAGUCCAUAUUUGACUCUAAGGCUCUGCACUAUUUAGAAACAAGCAAAGAUUCUGAAUUUCUGUGCUACAAAACCAGUUUGCUUUAGUUUCUCUGUGCAAGCCAAAAUACUUGCAGAAUGCUUUAAAGCUUGUCUCUGCUGCAAAGUUGCAUGUAAGACUGAAACUGUCAAGGUGGGAGUUGCUGAGUACCAGAGAGAUGAAUUUGCAGGGACCGUGGUUCUUUCUCUUUUUUUCUUUGUUUUUUUCCCAAACCUACCUUGAAAUGCAAUAUUGAAUGGAAAAACAUGAACUGAAUCUUCUGUGAUUCUUUCUAAAAGAACAAUAUUUGUCUCAUUUUAAACCCAUUCAUGCUUAAAGUUAUGGAAGUGCUUAUUGAGUCCACUUUUUCCAAAAGUGCUGUUGUGAAAUGAUCAUGUAUGUGCCAAACCCUCUUCUGCAAGAGUCUACGUAGCCCAUAUGUGUGUGUGUAUUUAUAUAUACAUGUUAAUAAGAUGCCUCCAAGCAUGUGUGCAUUAAUGGCCUGUUUUGAAGCUACCUGAAGUACACCAAUAUGGUGGAGCGUUAAUAUAUUGCAAUUCUAAACAUUCUCUAACUUUCUGUCUGUGCAUGGCAUGCAUUGCAAAUAAAAGGACUAUUUUAUUUGUAUCUUCAGCUGUAUUUACAUAUUAUAGCCAGCUGAUUGGUAUGUGUUUUCCUGCUAUUGCUGCGCUCGCCUAAACAGUUGUGUCCUGGACUGUUACUGAAGGAGAUUUUCUUUUGUUCAGAAUUGCUUUAAAAAAAAAUCUUACAAUAGACAGAAAUCAAAUCAGUUGACUUCUAAAGUGUUAACUCUUAGCAUGGUGUGACACUGCUUAUUGCUCUCCCUUUUUACAAUAUUGAUGUAUAAAGAAUCAUUUAGCUUGACCAUGGGUUGCGUCUACCAAAUGCACUUGACUUAAAGUCCGAAUUUUAAGCUUUUUCAAAAUGUAUUUUUAAUUAAAAAUGUUACUGAUGAGGGCUUUGAAAGAAAAAGGUUUGGUAUUUUCACUGCACUAUGUAUACAGUAAAUGUCUUGCAGUGAGGUAAGGAUAUAUCCAAUAUGCUUUUUAAGAAGUUUUCCUCUUCUCACUGUGUCUUAAAUGUAGGCUCUUUAAAAGAAAAAACCCACCUGUUAAUGACUUUAACCUUACAAUCAUUUAAAGACUGAAAAGAAAUCUGAUGCUUUUACUUCGCUUGCAUGUUGCCAUACUGAUUUAGUAGUGGCUGUUUCAAGAAGCAAAUCUUAAAUCUGUUAUUUCAAUGAAGCAUUGCCAUUUUUAAAUAAAAUAUUCCAUUUACAAAAAUUGUGUAUCAAUAGGGUGUUAACCUGAUAACCGUCUUCAAUUCUAUUGUUAUCAAGGUAACUGUGGUGUAUAUGCUUUCUAAGCUGAAUAAAUGUUCACUUUGUAAAUUUGCAUUAAAGCUACAGCUGUUAUCAGCUUGGUUUCUUAGGGCCAACACAAUCUAUUUAUGAGCUGAAGCUCCUGGUGCUUGACCCUUUUUUUUUUCCUGUCUUCAGUAGAAAAAAAAACCAACCAAACAAAACUAUGUGUAUGUGUGAUGUAGCAAAUGUGGCAAGUUUCCUUGUUAAGCACACAGCUGCACUGACAAGCAGAAAUAUAUCACAACUUGCUUGUCUGGAGCAAAGCAACCUCUCUGAUUUCUCCGCAGGAGUUGUAACUUGGUGGCACGUUGGCGAAGAGGAAGCAGAAUUAGGUUUUAUUCUUCUCUGAGCAGCUGUAAAAUUGAACAUGCUGUGUGCCUCCUGUGUGAUAAGGUAAAUUAACUUUUUAGAGCCCUGAGAAUUUUAAUAGCUUUUGGGAGAUACAGAAGUACUUGGCUGCUUUGUCACUUCUUGCUUUCAUACUUGUAGUUCUAUAAAAGCAUGAAGAGAUAUCUCUGUUAAAAUUGAAUCUAUGUAGUCAUCAACUGUAUAAGCACUACCUUGUAAUGUCUUUACAGAGAUAGCAGAUUCCUACACGAUUAUAUUUAAACUGUUUGGGGAAAAUGAAUAAUGACACUGUGGGCACAAAUUAAUUCAGAUUGCACUAUAAACUUUCUUACCAGAAGCCUUCAUUCUUAUGAAAAACUAUGCGAUCCCUGCACAAAAGAAAAAACAAACCACAACAAGCUGUAGAUUUGGUGCUGUGCUCUUUGGGAGGUGUCCAAGAAAGCAGCACCCAGACUGUCCCUGGACCUUUUCCCGACAUUCCAGUUGAGGGGCGCUGGCAGGCCCGCCGGGCACUCGAGGAGUUGGCUGGCAAGGGAGCCGAGACCGGCGCCUUGUGUAACUGCGCUGGCUUGGGUCUCCUUGGCUUUAGAUGGCUUUUAACCUGCUGCAGCUUCAAUGUUUCUCCAGCCCCUGCCUGAUUUGUCUUUGUUAUCUGGUUGCCAAACUGUCUUGCAUCUUAAUAUAGUAAGAAAAUGAUGUGAUUUAUGGCUACCCAGCCAGUGUAUUAAGUAAUUAGGCGGCUCUGUCUUAAUAAAAGGGGUAUAAACUAC